AUGGCUGCGACCUCCUUUGUUAUCAGGACGCCCUGCUCUUCCGCCAACAUCGGACCUGGGUUCGACGUGAUCGGCCUGGCAUUGUCCAUGCACUUGGAGCUCCACGUCACAAUUGAUACCUCCAAGUCAUCGCAACAACCACUUAACUGUCGCAUCACAUAUGACGACCUGAGCAACAGUUCCGAGAAGAUCAGUCUGGACCCCGAGGUCAACUUGAUCACCCGCGUAGCACUUUACGUACUUAGAUGCCAUAGCCAACGGGCAUUCCCUGCUGAGACCCAUGUGCACAUUGUAAACCCGAUCCCCCUGAGUCGGGGUCUCGGUUCUUCUGGCACUGCCGUUGUGGCUGGUGUAAUGCUGGGAAAUGAGGUAGGUAAGCUUGGACUCAGCAAGGAUCGUCUCUUGGAUUAUUGUUUGAUGAUCGAACGACACCCCGACAAUGUCGCUGCCUCGCUCUUCGGAGGCUUCGUUGGCACCUACCUCAACGAACUCGCUCCCGAAGAUGUUGCGCGCAAGGAGAUCCCUCUCAGUGAAGUUCUUCCUUCUCCGGCUGGUGGCAUUGACACCGGCAAGAGGCCUCCUGAGCCGCCCAUUGGCAUCGGCCAUUACAGAAAGUUCCAGUGGGCCAAAGAAAUCAAGGCUAUUGCCAUCAUCCCCGACUUUGUCGUGCCGACCGCCAACGCCCGGAAUGUUCUUCCUACCUCGUAUACCAGAGCGGAUGUUGUCUUCAACCUCCAGCGCGCUGCCUUGCUCCCAGCAGCUUUGGGCAGCUCUCCGCCGGACCCAGACAUGAUCUAUCUGGCCAUGCAAGAUAAGGUCCACCAACCAUACAGACAGACUCUUAUCCCCGGCUUGACGGAAAUUCUUCAAUCAAUGAACCCACGUACGCAGCCCGGUCUGCUUGGAAUCUGUCUGUCAGGUGCCGGUCCGACCAUCCUUGCCUUGGCAACGGAUAGGUUCGAAGAAAUUGCUGACCGCAUUAUCUCUCGCUUUGCUACCAAUGGCAUCGCCUGCCAGUGGAAGUUGCUUGAGCCUGCCCAAGACGGCACCACUGUCCAAUACUGA